AGAAUUCCAAUUGAAGGGCCAACAGUUUGAAGAUCUUUUCUCCUCCUCUCCCUCUGUCUCUCUCUUCAACUCUCCUCCAUACAUGAUAAGGAUGAGUUGGACCAGAUUGCUAAUUAUAAAUAUUAUUAUUUUAUUAUCAUUUCAAUCGCUAAUAGUUAAUGGUCAAGUUGAGUUUGCAGUAGCUCCUUCUAAUAUCACUGUUAAUGAGACAGAUGGAGCAUCUUUUGUUUUAUUGUUAUCUUCCGAAGACCUCAUGAUGUCAAAUGAUGACAUCAUAACUAUUAAUAUAAUAACUAGUGGAGGGGCAUUAAAUGGAACUGAUUAUCUGAUACCAUCAUCCCUCACCAUCAAUACCACUGAUCCUACUGUGACAGUAUUCAAUAUAACAGUCUCCAUUAUUAAUGACAAUAUCACCGAAUAUGAUGAGUCAGCAGUUAUAAUGUUUGAAUCUCCAAAUGUGACAUUCACUCCGUCAAAUGUGUCGUUUACCAUAUUAGAGAAUGAUGCUAUUGCUGUAUUCAUUAAUAACACUGAUAUGACACUAAAUGAAGGAGAUGAGAUCAUUCUGUGUGCUAGUACCGAUGGACCCCACUCUACAUCAUUUAAUGUAACAGCUACUGCUAGCAGCACUGAUGAUAUUAAUCCUUCAACUGAUAUUUUAUUAUUUGAACCUGGCGACACUAUGAAAUGUACCUCAUUUAUGAUUAUUGAUAAUGAUAUGCCUGAGGGGGAGGAGUCUGUCACUAUUGGGUGGAGCCUGUCACCGGCCACACCCAAUGUGAUACUAAUGGACCCCAUCACAUCAACCAUCACCAUACCUUCUCAGUUAAUAGUAUCAGUGUUAAAUGAUUCUAUGAUAUCAGUGGCUGAAGGAUCAGUUGUUAAGAUAUGUUUGAUGAUGAAUGGAAUGAGCGGAGUCAUUGGUGUUAAUGUUAGCUAUUUUAUUUUUGGAGAUGCAGAUGAUUAUUCUGGUCUAGCAUCAUCAGGAAAUAUUAUUAUCACUACUGAUUUAUCCUGCAUCACAAUAAAUAUUACAAAUGAUAGUGUCAUUGAGAAUAAUGAAUCAAUAAGUGUUCAGUUUCAAUCAGUAACUGGAGCUACGCUGUCUUCUACUAAUAAUACAAUAGAGAUCAAUAUAAUGGAUAAUACUGCUGUAUCAGUGUCAAUCGAUUCUUCAGUAACAGUAUAUGACAAUUCCUCAUCAGUUGAAUUAUGUGCAACAUUAAGUAAUGAUAAUAUAACCUUUAAUGGAGUUAGUCCGACACUUUCAGCCACUCCUGGAGGAAAUGCUACCUUAGAUGUGGAUUAUAGCUUUGCUUCAAUGGAUAUCAUUCCAAAUGUUCCUGGUUGUGGAUCAGUAUUAAUAUUGAAUAAUGGCACUGUUAGGGGGAAUAGACUACUGACUAUCAACUGGACAAUAAUGGCUUCACCUCAAAUCAGUGGUGACAGGAUCAGUCUUGAUACUGCAUUAACUGAUAUCAAUAUCAUUGAUACUGAUUAUGCUACUAUUGGUUUUGCUGAUACUUCAAUAACUGUACCUGAAAGUGUUGGGUCUGUUAGUGUAUUCUUAUCUAAUAUAAGUGGAGAGAUAUCAGUUCCUUUUAAUGUGUCUAUUACUGCUGAGAGACCACAUAGACAAGAAGGACUGUUCAUUUUUUCUGAUAAUUAUAAUGAUUUUAGUUGGUCGUUGUCACGGCAACCAAUAGUCGUGAAUAUUAAUGAUAAUAAUAUCAUUAAUGAAGGGAACAGAACAUUGACCCUAUCAUUAAAAAUAGUGGACAGCAACAAUUUAAACAUUAACAUUCAGAAUGGAAGAAUUACCAUAACAGUCACUGAAGAUGAUUUUCCGUCUCCUUCAUCAACUUCAAUGCCCGUGCCCACAUCCACAGAAACCCCCUCAGAAUCUUCCGCUCCAACUGGUUUCUUCAACACAAUAACAAUAGUUGGUAUUAUAGUGGGUGUGGUCGUACUGGGGCUCCUCCUACUCCUACUGCUAGUGUGUGUCAUUGCUUGUAUCAAGGUAAGGAGCAAUCGUCAGGGUUUCUAUGCAACGCAAGAGGACAAGGAAGAGGCUCCUCAAAUGCUUCGAUACUCAGCCUCUUUAAGAUCCCUACAGUCUCAGACUGUAAUGCCGGUAGACUCCAGAGAUAAAGAGAAUGAAUAUCUGGUUUAAAGAGAUUAACUAACAUUAUUAUUAUUAUUAUUAUUAUUAUUAUUAUUAUUAUUAUUAUUAAUAGUAUACGACAUUUUCUGGUGUUUUUUUGACCAUUACUAUCUUUCUUGUUUGUCUUUUUAAUCUUUUUUUAAAUUUAUGAAAGCACAAUGAUUAUCUACUUAAUUAAAUACUGAUACAUUAUUAAUUAUGCUAUGUUAUAAUUGUUAGUAAAUACAUAUACACUCAUUUUUGUGUGAUUUUAAAACAACUAUACUUAUUAUUAUAAUUUCCGUGCAACAGAUGUUUGGAUUAACAUUUUGCUAUUAGUAAAC